AUGAGUCGUGGACCGGCCUCAGUAUACGCUCAACAGUGGCAACAAUACCUCUGCAAAGAUUCGAUCAGCACUCAUGCUAAUUCGUCAGCCGCAAAAGCGCGAUUUCGAUCUUGUGCUGAUUUGAUCCCACUGUGCAUCUCGGACGAAGGAUUUUCUUCCGCAUUCCAGAACUAUCUAUUCUUGGCGGUAUUGUUGCUCGCCAUCCUGCUGGUCAUCUUGCCCAAUGUAAUACUCGGCUUGUGCUACACGCGUGUUUGGGUGUGGAAAAGUCGAAAAAUAGGGCAGGAAAGCGAAAAUUCAGUGAUAACGUGCAAAGAGCAAACCGAAGAUAAAUUAUUGACGGACUAA